AUAAACGUCUAUCUGCCAUCCAGUCAUCAUGCUAACCGAAGAAGUCGUAUGUAAAUAGCUUUACGAGCUCAUGGAAAGACAACUGGGAAUGAUUGUUAAUAAGACAGCGUAGGGUAAUUUUUAUUAUCGACUUUAAUGUAUAAUGGAAACAGAAGCUUGGGUGUAAAAGUCGCCGUUUUCUUUGCCAAGGAAGAUUUGUAAGUUUAGCUGCCUCCGUGAACUAGCUUGAAAGCUAUCGCGGCCAUCACGAGCAGCACAUCAAGAAAAGCAGUCGAGUCGACGUUUGAAAUUUCUGCCAUCAUAAUGGAGAAGGCUGAUUUCUUGAAAGGACUUCCAGUUUACAAUAAGAGCAACUUCAGCAGGUUCCAUGCAGACUCGGUUUGUAAAGCAUCUAAUCGGAGGCCCUCUGUUUACCUUCCUACACGUGAAUAUCCUUCUGAACAGAUUAUAGUUACGGAGAAAACAAACAUCCUUCUGCGUUACCUGCAUCAGCAGUGGGACAAAAAGAAUGCAGCAAAGAAAAGGGAACAAGAACAAGGCGAAGGUGACAGCCCAACGCCCCCCAGGAAGAUUGCAAGGACAGACAGCCAAGAGAUGAAUGAUGACUCAUAAGAAAGUGUGUGUGUAUGUGUGUGUGUGUGAGAGAAUACUGUACAUGUGUAUUUGCUCAUACAAGGUGUAGUCAUGUAAACCUUAAACCUAAGAUAACACCCUCUGGGGAAGAAAAACAAAAACUUUGACUGUUCUGGCGUCAAAUGAAAAUACACAGAGAUUUUAGGAAAUCAUGUCAACAGUUGGGCCAGUUAUGGUCUAGAAAUUGAGUCAGAACUCUUUUUUUAUUAUAAUUAUUUUAAUUCUUAUGUGAAGGACACGCUGACUAUUCCCUGUGUGGGUCAGUAUACUCGUAUGUGUUCGUGUGCAUGCUGAGCUGUGAACUCGUGGUGUUCUGUAUGUUUGAGGUGAGAGAUUCUUCAAGUGUGUAGAUUUAGGAGAGAAACAGACUUAACAGAAAAGGUCAGACACUACUUAAAAACACAACUAACUUGUGUAGUCUUCUGUCCUCUGGAGAGUCUGCUCUGAUCAGUUUGAGCAUUUUGUUACUGGUUUAAUUCUACUAUACCUGCUGUUGUUGUUGUAUGGCAAUGAGCUUCCUGCCAGCCACAGUGCCCAUUCUGUUUCACUGCCCACUUUUGAACCACAUGGGGGCAUUGCGACAUCUCGGAAAGCUGUUUGAAACCGCAAAAUCCUGGAUGCACUGUGAUGACGAGCACAAAGUUGAGCGAACUCUUCCAGAAUCCCCCCCCCCCCCGCCCCCAGACAGAUAAGAGUGAAUACUGGUUCUUGUAUUCUGUUCUGUGAGUUGUGCUCGUAGGAUGUGCUUGAGAUGGAUUCACAUCUGGCACCACAUUCUGACUCAUUCGGACUUUAAAAAAGUGGGAUUUUCUCUUUGCAAAACAUGAGACAAAUUUGCCUAAAUUUGAAAAUAAUAUAAAGAGCACAUCUUCAAUUGCACAACCUGCUAACUGCGCAGAUGGUGGUGGUGGUGAGGGGUGGGGGGUAGUGAGUGAUAUGAGGAAAUGUGUGUAAAUAAUUAGUUUAUCCAAUUGAGAAUCCUUGUGUUCCCCCUGUUUUGUUGAACAAACCGCCCAUGGAGUCGGUAGAAGUCCUGCAUGAUGAUCAUGAGAAGUGCCCUGGUACCCAACGGAUGGGAUCUGGUUCUGGGUGUUCUGUUCUGGGACCAGUACAUUUCAAAGACAGCUGGAGUUGACAUGUUGUCUGAUGUGACUUUGAAGGGUAUCAGCCAAGAGGCCUUACAACUCGUCGUUAUAGCUUGGAUCCAUUUGCGCCCCAGCUUUGGCAGCACACAUCACUUCCUGCACAGCGACGUGCAGCAGCCCAACCUGUUUGUUCUGGUAUCAUAAACGGCAACGCUGAAUAAAGCUCAUCGUUCUCGCUGCCCUGCGGAUUCACCUCAAAGCCUCCUGUUCUUUAAUGGCUCCAUGCUGCAGUGUGGGUUAACAGUGUAGUUCCUACCAACCGUUUGUUUUUAAGCAUAUGAUCAUGUUAUGCUUCUGCUCUGGUAGACUUCGGCUACACCCUUAAGCCUCGCCCCGUCCCGUGUGUUGGAUCAGAUGUUCUUUUAAGCUUUGCUUAAAUAAAAAUGGACUGA